UGCGACCGGCAUCUGUCAAUCAGCAUAAAAAAAUAUUGCCCUCCAUCGUGUGGUCUUCGAAAGUUUGCUAAAAUUACCAGAUAUUUCGAUAGAAAACAAGUGAAAAUUGUUCAUUACAUCAAACUCUGACUGCGUUCCUUCGAGCAAUAGUUAAUGUUGCAGUAGUUACCGGUAAAAGCACUUUUCCUCAUAACGAUGGCCCAUAAACGGAAAGCUGACGGGCAGGUUCCGGCCGAGGAGAACGACUUGCUGCUGAUACGACCUCUGGGUGCCGGUCAGGAGGUAGGCCGUUCCUGCAUCAUGCUCGAGUUCAAGGGCAAAAAAAUUAUGCUGGAUUGCGGCAUCCAUCCAGGGCUGUCCGGGAUGGACGCGUUGCCGUUCGUAGAUCUGAUCGAAGCCGACGAGGUGGAUUUGUUGUUCAUUUCCCAUUUCCAUUUGGACCACUGUGGAGCGCUGCCGUGGUUCUUACAGAAAACUAGCUUCAAGGGAAGAUGUUUUAUGACACACGCAACGAAGGCCAUCUACCGGUGGAUGUUGUCCGAUUACAUCAAGGUGAGCAACAUAAGCACGGAUCAGAUGUUGUACACGGAGGCGGAUCUAGAGGCCAGUAUGGAGAAAAUAGAGACGAUAAACUUCCACGAGGAGCGGGAUGUAAUGGGGGUGCGAUUCUGGGCGUAUAAUGCUGGACACGUUCUUGGUGCGGCGAUGUUCAUGAUCGAGAUUGCUGGGGUGAAGAUUUUGUAUACCGGAGAUUUUUCACGUCAGGAAGAUCGGCAUUUGAUGGCGGCUGAAAUUCCGGCGAUGAAGCCGGAUGUGUUGAUCACGGAAUCCACUUAUGGUACGCACAUUCAUGAGAAGCGAGAGGAUCGAGAGAGUCGUUUCACCAGCUUGGUUCAGAAGAUCGUUCAGCAGGGUGGCCGAUGUUUGAUUCCAGUGUUUGCGCUGGGCAGAGCUCAAGAAUUGUUGCUGAUUUUGGACGAAUAUUGGAGUCAAAAUCCUGAACUGCAAGAAUUUCCCAUUUACUAUGCCUCGUCGCUGGCCAAGAAGUGCAUGGCAGUUUAUCAAACGUAUAUCAACGCGAUGAAUGAUAAAAUCCGGAGACAGAUUGCCGUUAAUAAUCCUUUUGUAUUUCGUCACAUUUCUAACUUGAAAGGAAUUGAUCACUUCGAGGACAUUGGUCCAUGUGUUGUGAUGGCAUCGCCCGGUAUGAUGCAAAGCGGUCUCUCUCGGGAGUUGUUCGAGACGUGGUGCACUGAUCCAAAGAAUGGUGUCAUCAUUGCCGGGUACUGUGUGGAAGGUACCCUUGCGAAGACUAUCCUCUCCGAACCGGAGGAGAUUACCAGCAUGUCCGGCCAAAAGCUCCCGUUAAACAUGUCCGUUGAUUACAUCUCGUUUUCGGCUCAUACAGACUACCAACAGACAAGCGAAUUCAUUCGGAUAUUGAAACCCGCACACGUCAUUUUAGUGCAUGGGGAACAGAAUGAAAUGAAUCGUUUGAAAUCGGCUCUCCAACGGGAGUAUGAAAGCGACCCCAACGCCAACAUUUCGUUGUACAACCCAAAGAAUACGCACGCGGUGGAGUUGUAUUUCCGAGGUGAGAAAACCGCCAAAGUAAUGGGAAAUCUAGCUGUUAAAAAUCCCGAAGAAGGUCAGAAGCUGUCCGGAGUUCUGGUGAAACGGGAUUUUAAGUAUCAUCUGUUAGCUGCGUCAGAUCUGUCGAAAUACACUGACAUGAGUAUGUCGGUGGUGACCCAGCGGCAGAGCAUCCACUGGAAGGGUUCCAUUGCCACGUUGAGACUGCUGCUGGAGCGCAUCGGCGGACCGGGAACCGUGUCGUCAGAAACGACGGAAAAUGACAAGAAGAUCAAAAUAUUUGACUGCAUCGACCUGUCGUUCGACGGAAAGAUCGUCGUCAUGGAAUGGCAGGCGACCCCUGUGAACGAUAUGUACGCCGACACGGUACUGGCCACCCUGCUCCAGUCGGAACUGAGUGGCAGUAUGGUGAAGGGAGCAUCGGCUACAAAGCCGGACAAGAUGCACUUCAAGGAGUGCUUGAUCGAGACGCUGCAGGAAAUGUUCGGAGCGAGCUCCGUGCCGAAGCUGUUUAAGGGAGAUAGCUUGAGCGUGACCGUUCACGGCAAACAGGUGGACAUCAAUCUGAAUACUUUGGAAGUGUCAUGUGAGCAGGAUGAGGUCCUGUAUCAAACGGUGAAGACGACCGUCAACAAGUUGCACCAAAAUCUUGUACAAGUAUCGUAAGUAUUUUAUAAUGGCUUCUUUAGGCGAGCUACACUCUGAUAGGCACGUAUAGAAUCGUUUAUCAUAUACAUUUAUCCAUUUUUCUCAUUAUACAAACAAAAAAUUGUAUUACAUCUUUUAAAAAUUAGAA